AAACACCUGGAGCAGUAUCUGAACAGCUUGCUGGAGAUGAGCUUCUGCAGGAAUUACCAUCACAUGUUGGAGUUCCUAGACGUGAGUCCUCUUUCUUUCAUCAAGGACCUCGGACCCAAAGGCUUAGAGGGGUCGAUCUUGAAGAGAUCUGGGGGUCACCGAAUUCAGGGGCUCAACUGCUUUGGACACCACCAGUUCUGUUACCGCUGGUCACGCAGGUGGCUGGUUGUGAAGGAUUCCUUUCUCUACAUGAAGCCUGAAGCCGGGGUUGUCUCCUUCGUGCUGCUCUUUGACCCCGAGUUCAGAGUUCAGGUGGGCCGGAGCUACACUGCCACCAAGUACGGCGUGUGCAUCCAGAACUUCGCCAGGACCCUCAUCAUUAAGUGCAGCAGUUACCGGCAGGCUCAGUGGUGGAGCCACGAGAUCCAGAGGCUGGCGAAGGAGGGAGGGAGGGAGUUUGUGUCGCCUCACCGUUUCGACGCCUUCGUACCCAUCCGAGAGAACACCCUGGCCAAGUGGUAUGUCAAUGGCAGUGGAUACUUUGCUGAUGUCGGUCAGGCUUUAGAAGAUGCGAAAGAAGAGAUUUUCAUCACAGACUGGUGGUUGAGUCCGGAGGUGUUUAUGAAGCGACCGGCGAACGGGGAUCACUGGAGGCUCGACCAGAUACUGAAACGCAAAGCAGAGCAGGGAGUGAAGGUGUGCGUGCUGCUGUUUAAGGAGGUGGAGCUCGCUCUGGGAAUCAACAGCGACUACAGCAAGAGGACCCUGAUGAGCCUGCACCCCAAUAUCAAGGUGAUGCGUCACCCUGACCACGUUUCCUCCGUGGUCGUCCUCUGGGCGCACCACGAGAAGCUGGUGGUCAUUGACCAGUCCGUGGCCUUCAUGGGUGGGCUGGACCUGGCCUACGGCCGCUGGGAUGACCACUGCUACCGACUGACCGACAUGGGCUGCGAUGGGACAGAGACGCAGGGAGCAGAGACACAGCCCAAAGCACAGGAGCCGGGUCCGAACGGUUCGGAGCACCAGAACGGGGCCCCGGAGGGCGAGGAGGGGCCCCAGGACCUGAGAGACAACAGGAAGCUGUGGCUGGGCAAGGACUACAGCAACUUCAUAGUGAGGGACUGGGUGCAGCUGGACCGGCCCUUUGAAGACUUCAUCGACCGCAACAAAACUCCCAGAAUGCCGUGGCGGGAUGUGGCCGCAGUGGUUCAUGGGAAGGCAGCGCGUGACCUGGCGAGACACUUUAUACAGCGUUGGAACUUCACCAAGAUUUUUAAGAGCAAGUACAAACACCACUUCUACCCCUGUCUGCUCCCGAAGUCCCACAGCACUGCGGAGGAGCUUCCCUUCAGAGUGCCGGGGUCACAGAGAGCCCGAGUGCAGAUCCUGCGCUCCGUGGAUCGCUGGUCUGCUGGUACCUAUGAGAGCUCUAUCCUGAAAGCCUACAUCGACACCAUCGACAACAGCCAGCACUACAUCUACAUAGAGAACCAGUUCUUCAUCAGCUGUGCGGACGGGAGGAGCGUUCAGAACGGAAUCGGAGACGCCAUCGUGAAGCGCAUCCUACGAGCGCACAGUGAGAAUAAACCAUACCGUGUGUUCGUUGUGCUUCCGUUGCUUCCUGGUUUCGAGGGUGACAUCACCACAGGGGGCGGGAACGCCAUCCAGGCCAUCCUGCACUUCACCUACAGGACAAUGUGCAGAGGGGACCAGUCUAUCGUGGCACGUCUCAAAGUGAAGAUGCAGGAUCGCUGGAGGGAGUUCAUCUCGUUCUCUGGGCUCCGCUCCCACGCCUGUCUGCAGGACUCUCUGGUCACAGAGCUGAUCUACGUUCACAGCAAGAUGCUCAUCGCCGACGACAGGAAGUACAUCAUCGGCUCAGCAAACAUUAACGACCGCAGCAUGCUGGGGUCCCGGGACAGCGAGCUGGCCGUGCUGGUGGAGGAUUCGGAGAGCGUGCCCUCCCUCAUGGGGGGGCAGGAGUACCAGGCAGGGAGGCUGGCCCUGGCGCUGCGUCUUGAGUGCUUCAGGGUGCUGCUGGGGUCGGACGGUGCCCCCAGUAUCGAUAUCCGGGACCCAAUCAGUGACGAGUUCUUCCAGGGGGUGUGGCAGAAGACAGCCGCGGACAACGCUGAGAUCUACGAGACGGUGUUCCGCUGCCUACCCUCGGACUCGUUCCCGAGUCUCCGCUCGCUGAAGGACCGCGCCGGUGAGGAGAAGCUGGCCAACACUGACCCCCAGGGGGCGCGGGAAAAGCUGGCCGGGGUCAGGGGUCACCUGGUGCAGUUCCCCCUCGACUUUCUGUCUGAGGAGAGCCUACUUCCUCCCCUGAACAGCAGGGAGGGGAUGAUCCCUGUGGAGGUGUGGACGUGAUUGGGGGGGGGGAAGAGGACAAAUACAGAGGAGAGAGGAGAGGGGACAGCCCGCUGUCUGUUUGCACUGGAUUAUAAAAAAAUAACAGGCAUUUGACAGACAGACCAGGGAUGGAAAUAAGGCUCCUGCUGCAUCAGAAUUUCACUGAGUCAUUCCAGGUUUUACUGCGGGCUUGAUUGUAGUGUGUGUAUAGGAAACAAGCCCAGGUGUGUCUUAUCAGACUAACCCUGCUCAAACUAACCCUGCUCAGACUCCUGGCUCCUGAUCAAUUCAAAUAGAAAGCAUUGCAUUCCACAAUAGAAAUGCACUGACUGUUUAGAACUAUAGGUUAUAAUAAUAAUUAGCCUUUUUUAUUUCUUAAAUACUUUCUAUUUUCUGUUUCUAAAGAUUGUUUUGUAACUCUGACCUCCUCAAACCCGCUGCAGCCCAGCGCUCUACCCACUGAGCUCCUCAAACCCACUGCACCCUAACCACUGAGCUCCUCAAACCCACUGCCUUCCACACUGCACCCUAACACUGAGCUCCUCAAACCCACUGCUUUCCCCACUGCACCCUAACACUGAGCUCCUCAAACCCAGUGCCUUCCCCACUGCACCCUAACACUGAGCUCCUCAAACCCACUGCCUUCCACACUGCACCUUAACACUGAGCUCCUCAAACCCACUGCCUUCCACACUGCACCCUAACACUGAGCUCCUCAAACCCAGUGCCUUCCCCACUGCACCCCACUGCACCCUAACACUGAGCUCCUCAAACCCACUGCCUUCCCCACUGCACCCUAACACUGAGCUCCUCAAACCCACUGCCUUCCACACUGCACCUUAACACUGAGCUCCUCAAACCCACUGCCUUCCACACUGCACCUUAACACUGAGCUCCUCAAACCCACUGCCUUCCACACUGCACCCCAACACUGAGCUCCUCAAACCCACUGCUUUCCCCACUGCACCCUAACACUGAGCUCCUCAAACCCACUGCCUUCCACACUGCACCUUAACACUGAGCUCCUCAAACCCACUGCCUUCCACACUGCACCCUAACACUGAGCUCCUCAAACCCACUGCCUUCCACACUGCACCCUAACACUGAGCUCCUCAAACCCACUGCCUUCCACACUGCACCUUAACACUGAGCUCCUCAAACCCACUGCCUUCCACACUGCACCUUAACACUGAGCUCCUCAAACCCACUGCCUUCCACACUGCACCCUAACACUGAGCUCCUCAAACCCGCUCCCUUCCACACUGCACCCCAACACUGAGCUCCUCAAACCCACUGCCUUCCACACUGCACCCUAACACUGAGCUCCUCAAACCCACUGCUUUCCCCACUGCACCCUAACACUGAGCUCCUCAAACCCAGUGCCUUCCCCACUGCACCCUAACACUGAGCUCCUCAAACCCACUGCCUUCCACACUGCACCUUAACACUGAGCUCCUCAAACCCACUGCCUUCCACACUGCACCCUAACACUGAGCUCCUCAAACCCAGUGCCUUCCCCACUGCACCCCACUGCACCCUAACACUGAGCUCCUCAAACCCACUGCCUUCCCCACUGCACCCUAACACUGAGCUCCUCAAACCCACUGCCUUCCACACUGCACCUUAACACUGAGCUCCUCAAACCCACUGCCUUCCACACUGCACCUUAACACUGAGCUCCUCAAACCCACUGCCUUCCACACUGCACCCCAACACUGAGCUCCUCAAACCCACUGCUUUCCCCACUGCACCCUAACACUGAGCUCCUCAAACCCACUGCCUUCCACACUGCACCUUAACACUGAGCUCCUCAAACCCACUGCCUUCCACACUGCACCCCAACACUGAGCUCCUCAAACCCACUGCCUUCCACACUGCACCCUAACACUGAGCUCCUCAAACCCACUGCCUUCCACACUGCACCCUAACACUGAGCUCCUCAAACCCACUGCCUUCCACACUGCACCCUAACACUGAGCUCCUCAAACCCACUGCCUUCCACACUGCACCUUAACACUGAGCUCCUCAAACCCGCUCCCUUCCACACUGCACCCUAACACUGAGCUCCUCAAACCCACUGCCUUCCACACUGCACCCUAACACUGAGCUCCUCAAACCCACUGCCUUCCACACUGCACCUUAACACUGAGCUCCUCAAACCCGCUCCCUUCCACACUGCACCCUAACACUGAGCUCCUCAAACCCACUGCCUUCCACACUGCACCUUAACACUGAGCUCCUCAAACCCACUGCCUUCCACACUGCACCCCAACACUGAGCUCCUCAAACCCACUGCCUUCCACACUGCACCCUAACACUGAGCUCCUCAAACCCACUGCCUUCCACACUGCACCCUAACACUGAGCUCCUCAAACCCACUGCCUUCCACACUGCACCCUAACACUGAGCUCCUCAAACCCACUGCCUUCCACACUGCACCUUAACACUGAGCUCCUCAAACCCGCUCCCUUCCACACUGCACCCUAACACUGAGCUCCUGAAACCCACUGCCUUCCACACUGCACCUUAACACUGAGCUCCUCAAACCCACUGCCUUCCACACUGCACCUUAACACUGAGCUCCUCAAACCCGCUCCCUUCCACACUGCACCCUAACACUGAGCUCCUGAAACCCGCUCCCUUCCACACUGCACCCCAACCCCCACAUAAUAAAAUAUUUUAUAUCGAAUGUUUGACGAUUUUUCUAGAGACUUUAUUACACAGAUUUUAAACUAAGGCACUAACCAUUAACACUGGUUUAUUUUACUGUUAUUUCUUAUAUAUAUUUUUAAUAUUAAUAGUAUUAUUAAUAUUCUUUAUUAACUAAUAAUAUACAAUGCGUUUGAGAUCCCUAGUGUCGAACAUUUUCACAGAAAAAAAGUUACAGAAAACGUUACUUUGCUAGCUUUGUGGGUGUCGCCCUUGGCACUGUGGUCCAGGCGUGCGAGGCUGCCAGUUGUCAUAGCGACGUCUUUAAAAUAACGCCUUCCUAUAAUUACACUUGCAACGGAGGGGAGGGGGGGGGGGGGGGCUGAUGCUUGAAACAGCUGGUUUUGCAUCUUUGUAAACGUGUUGCCGUGGCAACAGCUGUAGCCCACACGCGCUCCGGUCAGUGUGUUACAAACACUUGAUUUGUUUGUAGAUAGUUUUCCAGAGCUAGUGGAUACAGGACAGGCUGAGGUUAGGUUAGGUCUCCUCUCGUUUGAGGACAGACUGCCGUGUCGUGUUUGUGGAGCAUUGUUUAACUGCUGUCAUCGACCUCAUUAACCCUUCCAUAUGUAACGUGCCCCCCACAGAAAUAAAGACAAUGCUGACUUUCUUCUUGUUGCAGUGAGCCGGUGCAGGAAACAGGUGUUUGAAAUGUACUGACAGGCUGAGUCGCUCCCAAGCGCCGUUUUAAUAAGAAACCAGAGUCUGAACAAGAUUCCUCGACUGAAAGGGUUAAACCGCACUGUUAGGAUGAUGAUUUUGUGUUAGGGUGAUGCCUUCGCUCUGAUUUUGUGAACCACAGACGUUAUGCAAGUGUAAACUGAAUGCAUCGAAUUAGAGGAACACAGAUUGAGUUGUGAUUUGAUCUAUUUUCUGCCCCAAAGAAAAUUGUAUUUGAUUCUUAAUGGGUUAAGCUAAUAAGAGGAAAGAUAUUUUACAUAUAUAUAUAUAUAUAUAUAUAUAUAUAUAUAUAUUAUUAUUAUUAUUAAUUAUUUCUUAGCAGACGCCCUUGUCCAGGGCGACUUACAAUUGUUACAAGAUAUCACAUUAUUUUUACAUACAAUUACCCAUUUAUACAGUUGGGUUUUUACUGGAGCAAUCUAGGUAAAGUACCUUGCUCAAGGGUACAGCAGCAGUGUCCCCCCCACCUGGGAUUGAACCCACAACCCUCCGGUUAAGAGUCCAGAGCCCUAACCACUACUCCACACUGCUGCCCCUGUGUAUAUAUAUACACACAGAGCAUCAAAAGAAACAUCACUAUAUAUAUAUAUAUAUAUCACACAUUUUUGCAGAUUCUGAUCAAUGUGAAUUCUAGAAUGCUAAAAUCACACGCUUGGUUUCUUCUCAUCAUAACUACGGCUGUAUUAAUAACGGUCAAAGUUGUUAUAAUCGUGGAAAACACUAGAGGAGGCUUUGAGUAAAUUGUUGAAGCUCAGAACAUCCAGAUACAGAUUGCAACUCCAGAAUCUGUCCAAGACUUUUGCACAGCAGUGUGUGUGUGUGUGUGUGUGUGUCUCUAUCUAUCUAUCUAUCUAUCUAUCUAUCUAUCUAUCUAUCUAUCUAUCUAUCUAUCUAUCUAUCUAUCUAUCUAUCUAUAAUCAGAAAUGCAUCCUUUUAAACUACCGAUGCAAUCACUAAACUUUUUUCUGAUACUGAAAACUCUCCGAGUGGAUUUUGUAAGCGUCGAUCCUGCCAGAAUGCAUAUUUUUGUAUCUCUAUUGCUGUUAUAAAACAAACUGUCACUUUUUUGUGUUACUACAUAAUAUUAAAAAAAUGAAUAAUUCCAAAAA